AUGAACCUUCAGCAUCGGUUAUGGUUAUGUAAUGAAGAGUGGAAUGAAGAGUUUGUAACUCCUACAUGGUUUGGUUAUUUAUGGUAUUGGUUGGCUACACUUUUCUGCAGUAUCAUACCAGUGUUCAAUAUGGCAAAACCAUUAGCAAAAAUAUGUGACAUCAAUGACAGCAAAGAACUUUGGAAAGUUUCUGGUGGUGACAUACAUGUUGUUGUUCCUCCACCGCAUGUAUCUCUUUUUUCUGAAAAAAUGGUCUUGGAUCAUAGCUACACUGUUUCCAAUUUUAAGGUUCAGGCUAAUGUUGCGGCUUUCAGACCUUCGUCUCAUAAGUUUAUGUUGAAGUUUACUGCUGGCACUACGGUUACGGAUGAUAACAACGCUGAAAUACCUCCAAAGCCGUUGGUGUUUACUAAAUUUACUGAUAUAAUAAACGAUGUCAUUGGUAUGGUGGAAAGUAUUGGGUAUUCACAGACCACAUCAGGUUCCCGGAAGCAGCAGAUUAACAUGAUGCUGCGUGAUGAGGGUAAGUUUCCAUUGUCUGUGACAAACACGUUUAAUGUUACCGUCCUUGGUCUGAAUACUGAUUUACUGCCGAUGAAAGAGUUUAUAGAAAGUUUUCCGAAGGAUUCCAUGAUUACGUUGUCUGGCCAGGAGGGUUCCAAUUCACAGCUUUCAGCACAGAACUCUGAAAAUCAACAGAUGACUCCUGUACAGAAAUUGCUUUCAAAGGCUGUUGUAAUGCCUAUUGGGGAUAUUAUAAAACUCAGAACUAUUACAUUUUGUGCGACUGUGGGAGAAACUAAAAUGCUGGUUGCCUCUCCGUAUGGCUGGUAUUAUCGUGGUUGUCAUGCUUGCUCAUGUAUUGCGCGUGGUGACAGAGCUCCGUUUGAGUGUGAGGCUGGACAUUUCACUGAGGCAGAGAUUUUUAGGUAUAAGAUUGAGAUUGAGGUUACUCAUGCCGGGAAUAGCUGUAACUUUUUAUUUUGGGACCGAGAGUGUGAGUUACUUUUGGGAUUGUCUGCUUCUCAGCUGCGUCAUACAAUGAUUAAGGUAUUUCCGUUUACAUACCGUUGGAAAAACAUAGACAAUUAUGCCAGAGUUAACUGA